GCGAGCAGAGCAGUCGCUCACCUAGUUCAUGACUCCUACACAGUGAUGUCUUGACUUAUUCAAAUUUAUAAAAAAUAUUUUGUCCGUCCGUCCAAACGUGAAGUGUUUGUGCAAUAUUAUAUAUUUUUUCUACAAAAUGAAUAUCGGAGUAUUAUGGUGCGUGCUGGUGUUGGCGGGGACCUGUUCCGCCAAGUGGCACUGGCCGGAGAGUGAGGCGGCCGCCUCCGUGCGCAUCGACACCAAGGUGCGCUUCAUUGACUCCGAGCCCGACAAAGAGGGCGAUAAGAUAGUUCGCAACGUGCAGUUUGAUGAUACGUUCAGGCAGCCGGUGGAGACGGACGGGUUCUACAACCGGCCGCCCGGCUCCGGCCGCUACCCGGUGCGGGUGGAGGCGCACCGCGCGCCCUACCGCGUCGACGACAACGGCAUCUACAGCGUCAGCAUUCAGCACAAGAACAUGUUAUCCGAUGGCACGCUCGACUCCCUGCAGUACUGCAAGUGUGUCAGCAACCUUGACUGCCAUCCGCGAGCCGACUCCCGGCGUGCUUGCGGAGUCGGGAAGUACCUGUGCUGUUACUCACAAAACAAAAAUAAAGUCCAUUCAACACACAAAAACCAAUACUUCAACGAAGUCGAGGACGACCGGCCGAUGCUACUGCCGGGACAAGAGAACUUAGCGCGCCCGUUCCCACCCCCGCCUGCCUCCGCACUCAACGGUCUGUUCGGCUCGUUCGGACCUGGACACGGUCACGACUCCUCACACAUCGGAGUCUUUGAAAAACCACUUGGAGUGCUCGUAGGUCCCGAUGGACCAACGGGAAUGGUGGGGCCACAGACCAAACACAAACAAGCUGGAGUUCUUGUUGGACCCAACGGACCAACCGGAAUAGUAGGUCCAGUGUCAGACGGAUCGCAAAGCGAGACAGCACAGAGCGGAGUCUUAGUUGGUCCCGUCGGACCCUCGGGAAUAAUGGGUUCGUAUGGCCGCCGACCAGUACUUGUGGGACCAGGUGGACCCACAGGAAUUAUUGGGCCAUCCAGAGGCCGCAGCCCAGGCAUUCUAGUAGGGCCAGGUGGGCCUACAGGUAUCAUCGGCCCUGCUUAUGGCAGGCAACAAGGAAUCCUAACGGGACCAGGCGGCCCCACCGGUUCCAUCGGGCCAGGUCGACAAAUAUUAGUUGGUCCCAGUGGCCCCAGUGGUCAUGUUGGACCUCAAGGAUACUUCGGUAAAUAAUCGUGCCAUGUGUCGUGUGGUGACUAAUAGAUGUAUGGAACUAACAAGUUAUAAUGCUGUCGUUGACAUAUAAGACUGUGGAGUGUAAUAUGCACCACAACCAGUGUAAGUACAUGUAAAUAAUUAGAGUAAAUAAUAUUGAGUGUGGUCCUGUGACAACCGCGACAAACCCGAGCUGUGCACGUGGCGCUACCAGCUCGCAGUGGGCGCUGCGCCGAGUAGUGAGAGCCGACUGUUGCAGGCUGCCCGCGCAACAAGCGGAAGAACGUCGCGGCGGCCGGCGCGACACGGGAGCCCACCGCGGCCGACGCACAGCCCACACCCCGAGACCAUACGAGACACAACCAAGACGACAAGCACACAUCAUGUUACUGUGACAAAUAAACUACACUAGGAAACAAUUUCUUUCUUUUUCAUUCAUUCUAUGUUAUAUCACUUUAUGUGGUAUAAUAAAUAUGAUUAUUACUUAUUACUGUGUAAUAAAAUGAUAUCUCUGUGGGUUACAUUG